CAGCGUCGUACCGGGUCACUGUGUUCAAUGUAGUUAUUUAGUGACAAAGCAAAUAAAAUAGAAAAGGAGGCACAGGCGUGCAUUUUUAUAGUUUCUCUCUCUGGUUGUGCACAGCUAUCCCAUCAACAUUGAAUUUAAUUUCUGAAGUUAUCUGACUGUUGUUGGUUGAAGCUUCUCCACGGAGCUCAACAACAGCCACACCGAGGAGGAGGAGGUGGUGGAGGAGGGGAUGGAGAUAGACUGCCAGCCCGAGGACUCCAUUGUCUGUUCAUUUGACGAGGACUGUGUCGAGCUCGGUGACGUUAAGGACAUGAGAUUGGAGGCGGAAGCAGUGGUCAAUGACGUGCUUUUUGCCGUCGCUGAAAUGCACGUGUCGCAAAGUCUCAGCAGCGCAUCGGAUGUGGCCUACAUAAAUGUGGAAACGAGAGAGGGAAAUCAUUACUGUCUGGAGCUUACGGAAGCAGGACUGAGGGUGGUGGGCUACAGCUUCGAUCAAGUGGACGAGGAUUUGACCACCCAGUAUCAUGAGACUGUUUACUCACUUCUGGACACGCUGAGUCCGGGUUACAGAGAGGCCUUUGGGAAUGCUUUGCUGCAACGGCUGGAGAGGCUGAAGCAAAGUGGACGAUAAAAAAAGGACUAAAAUGCUGCAUAAAUUGAGUGAAAGAGAAAUGAGGGGUUGAUGAUGUGGGUGUAUUUGGAUAUGAGCCAAUAAUAACCAAGUCUGGUCAAAUAUUCCAACCUAUUAUGUUAUGUGACGUCCACCUGCCUAGCUACCACUACAAUAAGGAUUCCUCCUCUGCCCUAUCAACUUAACUUUGUUCUGAGUUUCAUAUCAUCGAAAUUACUUCAUGUCAGCUACGUUAGUUUUGACUGCGAGGGAUUGGCUGGUAUCAAAUCUGUUGCAACACUGUCGUUGUUGACUUUACUGUGGAAAGAUCAUCCAGCUUCCACAUGUUACAUAUUUGUAACUCUGCACCUUUUGUACUCAUGAGAAUGAUCUGAGAAAGAAGCAGCAAGUUAUGUUGAGCCAGUCCCAGUCCCCCCCCCCCCCAUAUACUGCAUAUAUAUACUGCCUUAACUGAGUUUUGGUUAAAAAAGUACAAUGAACUUGUUUUACUUUGUAUUAACAGAAGGUAUUUUGUGGGGCUCAUUCUAGAAAAGUUCUGAUAUCAAUCUAAGCUGUUUCUGUAUUCAAAAAUCUAAUUGUUUUUGGAUAGGACUCUCUCCAUAUUGCACAAUGCAUUGCAUCUCAAGCUUGCAUUUGGUGUUAAGGCAAAGAAGCUAUUCUCAUGGAGACGACUUCUUUUGAUGGGUUUUAUCUUCAACAUUUGGCUCACUAGUCAGAAUAAACGUUUAAAUUUAAUAAACUCUUCUAGAGCUACUUUAAUACUUUGUGUUGGAGUUUAAUAUGUGAGACCCGUUAAUGAGUUGUCAGUGUUAUGAAAUCAACUUUAAAGAAUUUCUUUGCAUUAAUGCUGUUAUUCCUUGCUGCUGGCCUUUGCUCAGAACAAUAAAAUCUUAUAACUCUAAGUCUUUUCUUUUAACCCCCACCCCCGAAUGAUUAACACUCAUUAAAUGCAUGACAGGUGAGGUUGAUCUUCCCUUUAGUCAGCAUGAUUACACACAUGACUGUCACAAUGUCAGAAGCCUCCUGAGAUCAACUGAGGUUUAAAUCCAGUCACCUGAUAUGCCAAAACAGGCCGAGCAGUCGCAAGACAAACUUUGAAGGCAGGAAUAGUUGUAGUUUCCUUACUACUGAUAAACCCGAGACUGCAUUAUUAGUGUGGUUUAAAGAAGACUUAAUGUGUAGCUGACAGGUGCAUAAAGACAGCUGAAAGUUACUGUAGUGGUACAUAGAUUUCUUUAUUAGAAUUUACUUUUCAUAGUCAUUAAUAAUGUCCAAUUCCGUAUGUGUAGUAUCACAAGGUCAGUAAGAAUUUUUUUUACAAAAGCUUUAGUAAAGAAAAAUGUACAUUUUCUUUUCUGACUACACAGCAGCCAGUUAGACAUUUGCACUGCACUGGAAUGUAGUUUACAAGCCAAGGUCGUUCAUGCAAAUAUUGGCCGCAUUGUUUCACAUCAACAACUCUUUAAAAAAAAAAGAAAAAAAAAAGUAACUAUUAUGCAAAUUACCAACCCUGUCUUUAAUUCAGCAGUAUUUGAAAUGAGUGUGUGCAGCAGAGACUUGCAAACUAGUGACAGACGUACAUGUUAAAAUCAAUUUGAUGAAUGAAUAAAAUGAUCUUAACGAGAAUCAUACAGUAUUCUAGGUUGUUUUACUCAUUUGAAUCCCUUUAAAAAAACAAAACAAAAA